AUGACGGACCGCUUCUGGGACCAGUGGUAUCUCUGGUAUCUCCGCUUGCUCCGGCUGCUGGAUCGAGGGUCUUUUCGGAAUGAUGGUUUGAAAGCUUCUGAUGUCCUUCCCAUCCUAAAGGAAAAAGUGGCCUUCGUGUCUGGGGGCCGUGAUAAGCGAGGUGGACCCAUCCUGACCUUCCCUGCUCGCAGCAAUCAUGACAGAAUAAGGCAGGAAGACCUGCGGAAACUUGUGACGUAUUUGGCCAGUGUGCCAAGUGAGGACGUGUGCAAACGUGGCUUCACCGUCAUCAUUGACAUGCGGGGCUCCAAGUGGGACCUCAUCAAGCCCCUCCUCAAAACGCUACAGGAAGCCUUUCCAGCUGAGAUCCAUGUGGCCCUCAUCAUCAAACCCGACAACUUCUGGCAGAAACAGAAGACCAACUUUGGCAGCUCCAAAUUCAUCUUUGAGACGAGCAUGGUGUCUGUGGAGGGCCUCACAAAGCUGGUGGACCCCUCCCAGCUCACGGAGGAAUUUGAUGGCUCCUUGGACUACAACCACGAGGAGUGGAUUGAGCUGCGGCUCUCCCUGGAGGAGUUCUUCAACAGCGCGGUCCACCUGCUCUCGCGCCUUGAGGACCUGCAGGAGAUGCUUGCCCGGAAGGAGUUCCCCGUGGACGUGGAGGGCUCUCGGCGGCUCAUUGACGAGCACACGCAGCUCAAGAAAAAGGUGCUGAAGGCCCCUGUGGAGGAGCUGGACCGGGAAGGGCAGCGGCUGCUGCAGUGCAUCCGCUGCAGUGACGGCUUCUCAGGGCGCAACUGUAUCCCCGGCAGUGCCGACUUCCAGAGCCUCGUGCCCAAGAUCACCAGCCUCCUGGAUAAGCUGCACUCCACCCGGCAGCACCUGCACCAGAUGUGGCAUGUGCGCAAGCUCAAGCUGGACCAGUGCUUCCAGCUACGACUCUUCGAGCAGGAUGCAGAGAAGAUGUUCGACUGGAUAAGCCACAACAAGGAGUUGUUUCUCCAGAGCCACACGGAGAUCGGAGUCAGCUACCAGCAUGCCCUAGACCUCCAGACGCAGCACAAUCACUUCGCCAUGAACUCCAUGAAUGCCUAUGUCAAUAUCAACCGCAUCAUGUCUGUGGCUUCCCGCCUCUCUGAGGCUGGCCAUUAUGCCUCCCAGCAAAUCAAGCAGAUCUCUACGCAGCUAGACCAGGAGUGGAAGAGCUUCGCAGCUGCCUUGGACGAACGCAGCACCAUCCUGGCUAUGUCUGCUGUGUUCCAUCAGAAGGCUGAACAGUUCUUGUCAGGAGUAGAUGCUUGGUGCAAGAUGUGCAGUGAAGGCGGCCUGCCGUCCGAGAUGCAGGACCUGGAGCUGGCGAUCCACCACCACCAGUCCUUGUAUGAGCAGGUGACCCAGGCCUACACAGAGGUCAGCCAGGAUGGCAAAGCACUGCUGGAUGUGUUGCAGCGUCCCCUGAGUCCUGGUAACUCUGAGUCCCUCACAGCCACAGCCAACUACUCCAAGGCAGUGCACCAGGUGCUGGAUGUGGUGCACGAGGUGCUGCACCACCAGCGGCGGCUUGAGAGCAUCUGGCAGCACCGCAAGGUGCGGCUUCACCAGCGGCUGCAGCUCUGCGUCUUCCAGCAGGACGUGCAGCAGGUGUUGGACUGGAUUGAAAACCAUGGUGAGGCCUUUCUCAGCAAACACACUGGGGUUGGGAAGUCCCUCCAUCGAGCUCGAGCCCUGCAGAAGAGACACGAUGACUUUGAAGAAGUGGCUCAGAACACAUACACCAAUGCGGACAAGCUCCUAGAAGCUGCGGAGCAGUUGGCUCAGACAGGGGAAUGUGACCCAGAGGAGAUCUAUAAGGCAGCUCGACACCUGGAGGUGCGCAUCCAAGACUUCGUGCGCAGGGUGGAGCAGCGGAAGCUUCUCCUGGACAUGUCCGUCUCCUUUCACACACACACCAAAGAGUUGUGGACAUGGAUGGAAGACCUGCAAAAGGAGAUGCUGGAAGAUGUCUGUGCGGACUCUGUGGAUGCGGUCCAGGAACUGAUCAAGCAGUUCCAGCAGCAGCAGACCGCCACUCUGGAUGCCACUCUAAAUGUCAUCAAGGAAGGCGAAGACCUUAUCCAGCAGCUCAGGUCAGCGCCUCCCUCCCUGGGGGAGCCCACCGAGGCCAGGGACUCAGCUGUGUCCAACAAUAAGACGCCCCACAGUAGCUCCAUCAGCCACAUUGAGUCUGUCCUGCAGCAGCUGGAUGAUGCCCAGGUGCAGAUGGAGGAGCUAUUCCAUGAGCGGAAAAUCAAACUGGACAUCUUCCUGCAGCUGCGCAUCUUUGAGCAAUAUACCAUUGAGGUUACAGCAGAGCUGGAUGCCUGGAAUGAGGACUUGCUCCGGCAGAUGAAUGACUUCAACACGGAGGAUCUGACCCUAGCAGAGCAGCGGCUACAGCGCCACACAGAAAGAAAGCUAGCCAUGAACAAUAUGACCUUUGAAGUCAUUCAGCAGGGCCAAGAUCUGCACCAAUACAUCAUGGAAGUCCAGGCUUCAGGAAUUGAGUUAAUCUGUGAAAAAGACAUUGAUCUGGCAGCCCAGGUGCAAGAGCUGCUAGAGUUUCUCCAUGAGAAGCAGCAUGAAUUGGAGCUCAACGCGGAACAGACCCACAAGCGGCUAGAGCAGUGUCUCCAACUGCGGCACCUCCAGGCAGAGGUCAAACAGGUCCUGGGAUGGAUCCGCAAUGGAGAGUCCAUGCUCAACGCCAGCCUGGUCAAUGCCAGCUCUUUGUCUGAAGCAGAACAGCUACAGCGGGAGCAUGAGCAGUUCCAACUGGCCAUCGAGUCCCUCUUUCAUGCCACUUCCUUGCAGAAGACGCACCAGAGUGCCCUGCAGGUACAGCAGAAAGCCGAGGCACUGCUCCAGGCUGGCCACUAUGAUGCGGACGCCAUCCGGGAAUGUGCAGAAAAGGUGGCCCUCCACUGGCAGCAGCUCAUGCUGAAGAUGGAAGAUCGGUUAAAACUGGUCAACGCAUCUGUGGCCUUUUACAAAACUUCUGAACAGGUAUGCAGUGUUCUGGAGAGCUUAGAGCAAGAGUACCGAAGAGAUGAGGACUGGUGUGGUGGAAGAGAUAAACUGGGGCCAGCAGCAGAGAUCGACCAUGUUAUCCCCCUCAUCAGCAAACAUUUGGAACAAAAGGAGGCUUUCCUUAAGGCCUGCACCCUGGCACGGCGGAACGCUGAAGUAUUUCUCAAGUACAUCCACAGGAACAAUGUCAGCAUGCCCAGUGUUGCUAGCCAUACUCGAGGACCUGAGCAGCAAGUGAAAGCCAUCUUGAGUGAGCUCUUACAGAGAGAGAAUCGUGUUCUACACUUCUGGACCUUGAAGAAACGUCGGUUAGACCAGUGCCAGCAAUAUGUGGUAUUUGAGCGCAGUGCUAAGCAGGCACUGGACUGGAUCCAAGAAACGGGUGAAUAUUACCUCUCAACACAUACCUCCACUGGAGAGACCACAGAGGAAACUCAGGAGCUGCUGAAAGAAUAUGGAGAAUUCAGGGUGCCUGCCAAGCAAACCAAGGAGAAGGUGAAGCUUCUGAUUCAGUUGGCCGAUAGCUUCGUGGAAAAGGGUCACAUUCAUGCCACGGAGAUAAGGAAAUGGGUGACCACCGUAGACAAGCACUACAGAGAUUUCUCCUUGAGGAUGGGGAAGUACCGGUACUCCCUGGAGAAAGCCCUAGGAGUCAACACAGAGGAUAACAAGGACCUGGAGCUGGACAUCAUCCCAGCGAGCCUGUCAGAUCGUGAGGUCAAGCUACGGGAUGCCAACCAUGAAGUCAAUGAAGAGAAGCGGAAGUCAGCCCGGAAGAAAGAAUUCAUUAUGGCUGAACUACUCCAGACAGAGAAGGCUUAUGUCAGGGACUUGCACGAGUGCUUGGAGACCUACCUGUGGGAAAUGACCAGCGGCGUGGAGGAAAUCCCCCCUGGGAUCCUCAACAAAGAGCACAUCAUCUUUGGCAACAUCCAGGAGAUCUACGAUUUUCAUAACAACAUCUUCCUCAAAGAGCUGGAGAAAUAUGAGCAGCUGCCUGAGGACGUGGGACACUGCUUUGUCACCUGGGCAGACAAAUUUCAGAUGUAUGUUACCUACUGUAAAAACAAGCCUGAUUCCAACCAGCUUAUCUUGGAGCAUGCCGGCACCUUCUUUGAUGAGAUUCAGCAGCGUCACGGUCUGGCCAACUCCAUCUCUUCCUACCUAAUUAAGCCAGUCCAGAGGAUCACCAAGUACCAACUGCUCCUGAAGGAACUUUUAACUUGCUGUGAAGAAGGGAAAGGGGAGCUCAAGGAUGGCCUGGAGGUGAUGCUCAGUGUCCCCAAGAAAGCUAAUGAUGCCAUGCAUGUCAGCAUGCUGGAAGGGUUCGACGAGAACUUGGAUGUGCAGGGGGAGUUGAUUCUCCAGGAUGCCUUUCAAGUGUGGGACCCGAAGUCUCUGAUCCGGAAGGGGCGGGAGCGGCACUUGUUCCUCUUUGAGAUCUCCUUGGUUUUUAGCAAGGAGAUCAAAGACUCUUCAGGACACACGAAAUAUGUUUACAAGAACAAGCUACUGACCUCAGAGCUGGGUGUGACCGAGCACGUAGAGGGCGACCCCUGCAAAUUCGCCUUGUGGUCUGGGCGCACCCCAUCCUCAGACAAUAAAACAGUGCUCAAAGCUUCCAACAUUGAAACCAAGCAGGAGUGGAUCAAGAACAUUCGAGAAGUGAUACAAGAAAGGAUCAUUCACCUGAAAGGAGCUUUAAAGGAGCCAAUUCAGCUCCCCAAAACACCAGCCAAACAGAGGAACAAUAGUAAGAGGGAUGGAGUGGAGGAUAUUGACAGCCAGGGGGAUGGGAGCAGCCAACCAGACACCAUCUCCAUUGCCUCUAGGACCUCUCAGAACACAGUGGACAGUGACAAGCUCUCUGGCGGGUGUGAGCUGACCGUGGUCCUCCAGGACUUCAGCGCAGGCCACAGCAGCGAGCUGACCAUCCAGGUGGGACAGACGGUGGAGCUGUUGGAGCGGCCCAGUGAGCGGCCCGGCUGGUGUCUGGUCCGCACCACAGAACGGAGUCCCCCUCAGGAGGGCCUGGUCCCCAGCAGCGCCCUAUGCAUCUCCCAUUCCCGAAGCAGCGUGGAGAUGGACUGCUUCUUCCCAUUGGUGAAAGAUGCAUACUCUCAUUCCUCCAGCGAAAAUGGAGGCAAAUCUGAAUCCGUGGCCAACUUGCAGGCUCAGCCUUCCCUGAACUCCAUCCACAGUUCCCCUGGUCCCAAGCGCUCCACCAACACCCUAAAGAAGUGGCUCACCAGUCCUGUGCGUCGACUCAACAGCGGGAAAGCAGAUGGAAACAUUAAAAAACAGAAGAAAGUACGCGAUGGUCGGAAAAGCUUCGACCUGGGCUCUCCCAAGCCUGGGGAUGAGACCACCCCUCAGGGAGACAGCGCUGAUGAGAAGAGCAAGAAAGGUUGGGGUGAAGAUGAGCCAGAUGAAGAGUCACACACACCCCUCCCUCCGCCCAUGAAGAUCUUUGACAACGACCCCACACAGGACGAGAUGUCCUCCUCUUUGCUAGCAGCCCGGCAGGCUUCCUCAGAAGUACCUACUGCUGCAGACCUUGUCAGUGCAAUAGAAAAGUUGGUCAAAAGCAAGCUGACUCUUGAAGGAGGCUCCUACCGGGGGAGCUUGAAAGACCCUACAGGCUGCCUAAAUGAGGGGAUGACCCCACCCACUCCUCCUAGAAACCUGGAAGAAGAACAGAAAGCCAAGGCCCUUCGAGGCAGGAUGUUUGUCCUAAAUGAGCUGGUACAGACAGAGAAAGACUAUGUCAAGGACCUGGGGAUUGUGGUGGAGGGCUUCAUGAAGAGGAUAGAAGAGAAGGGCGUUCCUGAGGAUAUGCGAGGGAAGGAUAAAAUCGUGUUUGGGAACAUUCACCAGAUUUAUGACUGGCAUAAGGAUUUUUUCCUGGCUGAACUGGAAAAAUGUAUCCAAGAGCAAGACAGACUGGCCCAGCUCUUUAUUAAACAUGAGCGGAAGCUGCACAUCUACGUGUGGUACUGCCAGAAUAAGCCGCGCUCGGAGUACAUCGUAGCUGAGUACGACGCCUACUUUGAGGAGGUAAAGCAGGAGCUAAAUCAACGGCUGACGCUUAGCGACUUCCUUAUCAAGCCCAUUCAGAGAAUAACAAAAUACCAGCUGCUCCUCAAGGACUUCCUGAGAUACAGUGAGAAGGCUGGCUUGGAGUGUUCAGAUAUCGAGAAAGCUGUGGAGUUAAUGUGCCUUGUUCCCAAACGCUGCAAUGACAUGAUGAAUCUGGGACGCCUGCAGGGCUUUGAGGGCACCCUGACCGCCCAGGGCAAGCUGCUGCAGCAGGACACAUUCUAUGUGAUUGAGCUGGACGCCGGCAUGCAGUCCCGGACCAAAGAGAGGCGUGUAUUCCUCUUCGAGCAGAUUGUCAUCUUCAGCGAAUUGCUCAGGAAGGGCUCCCUUACACCAGGCUACAUGUUCAAAAAGAGCAUCAAGAUGAAUUAUUUGGUCCUGGAGGAAAACGUGGACAAUGACCCCUGCAAAUUUGCCCUCAUGAACAGGGAGACUUCAGAAAGGGUCAUUCUGCAAGCUGCCAACUCGGACAUCCAGCAGGCCUGGGUGCAGGACAUCAAUCAAGUCUUAGAAACACAGCGAGACUUCUUAAAUGCACUACAGUCACCCAUUGAGUAUCAGCGGAAAGAAAGGAGCACAGCUGUGAUGCGGUCCCAGCCUGCUAGAGUUCCUCAAGCCAGCCCCAGGCCCUACUCCUCUGUCCCCGUGGGCUCAGAGAAGCCCCCAAAGGGCUCCACCUACAACCCGCCUCUGCCACCCCUGAAGAUAUCUACCUCCAAUGGCAGUCCAGGGUUUGACUACCACCAGUCUGGGGACAAGUUCGAGGCCAGCAAACAGAAUGACUUGGGUGGCUGCAACGGGACCUCAUCUAUGGCCGUGAUCAAAGAUUACUAUGCACUGAAGGAGAAUGAAAUCUGUGUGAGCCAAGGUGAGGUGGUCCAGGUCCUCGCCGUCAACCAGCAGAACAUGUGCCUGGUGUACCAGCCUGCCAGCGACCAUUCCCCUGCAGCUGAGGGCUGGGUCCCCGGCAGCAUCCUGGCGCCCCUCACCAAAGCCACAGCAGCAGCAGAAAAUAGUGACGGGAGCAUCAAGAAGUCAUGUUCAUGGCAUACUCUACGCAUGAGAAAGCGGGCAGAAGUGGAGAACACGGGUAAAAAUGAAGCCACAGGGCCUCGUAAACCCAAGGAUAUUCUGGGCAACAAAGUCUCUGUUAAAGAGACGAACAGUUCCGAGGAGUCAGAGUGUGAUGAUCUUGACCCUAAUACUAGCAUGGAGAUCUUAAAUCCAAAUUUCAUCCAAGAAGUGGCCCCAGAGUUCCUUGUGCCCUUAGUGGAUGUGACCUGCUUGCUUGGGGACACAGUGAUGCUCCAGUGCAAAGUGUGUGGGCGGCCAAAACCCACCAUCACCUGGAAGGGUCCAGACCAGAACAUCCUCGACAGUGACAACAGCUCAGCCACAUACACCGUCUCCUCCUGUGAUUCUGGGGAAAUCACCCUGAAGAUCUGCAAUCUGAUGCCGCAGGACAGUGGGAUUUAUACCUGCAUAGCAACAAAUGACCACGGUACUGCAUCCACAUCUGCCACAGUUAAGGUGCAAGGUGUUCCAGCAGCCCCCAACCGCCCCAUUGCCCAGGAGAGGAGCUGCACCUCUGUGAUUCUCCGCUGGCUGCCCCCAGCCAGCACAGGAAACUGCACCAUUUCGGGUUACACUGUGGAGUACCGGGAGGAAGGUUCCCAGGUCUGGCAACAGUCAGUAGCUUCAACCUUGGACACUUAUCUUGUCAUUGAAGACCUCAGUCCUGGGUGUCCCUAUCAGUUCAGAGUCAGUGCCAGCAACCCCUGGGGAAUCAGUCUUCCCAGUGAACCCUCGGAGUUCGUGCGACUUCCAGAGUAUGAUGCGGCCGCAGAUGGUGCUACCAUUUCUUGGAAGGAAAAUUUUGAUUCCGCUUAUACUGAGCUGAAUGAGAUUGGAAGAGGCCGUUUCUCUAUAGUGAAAAAAUGCAUUCACAAAGCCACCCGCAAAGAUGUCGCUGUGAAAUUCGUGAGCAAAAAAAUGAAGAAGAAGGAGCAGGCUGCCCACGAGGCUGCCCUGCUUCAGCAUCUGCAGCACCCCCAGUACGUCACUCUCCAUGACACCUAUGAGUCCCCCACAUCCUACAUCCUGAUUUUGGAACUGAUGGAUGAUGGCCGGCUCUUAGACUAUCUUAUGAAUCAUGAUGAGCUGAUGGAGGAAAAAGUAGCUUUCUACAUUCGAGACAUCAUGGAGGCUCUGCAGUACCUUCACAACUGCCGGGUUGCACAUUUGGACAUAAAGCCUGAAAACCUACUCAUUGACCUACGGAUUCCAGUGCCUCGGGUGAAGCUCAUAGACUUGGAAGAUGCUGUCCAGAUCUCAGGCCACUUCCACAUCCACCACCUGCUGGGGAACCCUGAGUUUGCUGCCCCAGAAGUGAUCCAAGGCAUCCCAGUCUCCCUGGGCACAGACAUCUGGAGCAUUGGGGUUUUGACAUACGUCAUGCUGAGUGGGGUCUCCCCCUUCUUAGAUGAGAGCAAAGAGGAGACAUGUAUCAACGUAUGCAGGGUAGACUUCAGCUUCCCCCACGAAUACUUCUGUGGUGUGAGCAAUGCUGCCAGAGAUUUCAUCAAUGUGAUCCUACAGGAGGACUUUCGGAGGCGACCCACAGCAGCCACUUGCCUGCAGCAUCCCUGGCUGCAGCCCCACAAUGGCAGCUACUCCAAGAUCCCCCUGGACACCUCUCGCCUGGCAUGCUUCAUAGAACGCCGCAAGCACCAGAAUGAUGUGCGUCCUAUUCCCAAUGUCAAGAGCUACAUCGUCAACCGGGUGAACCAAGGGACAUAG